AUGAAUAAUUAUGACGCAGACAACUACAGAGUCGACUCAGUCAAGACUGAUGGACCCAGAGUAAUAAUGGUGACAUACAACCCGCCACCUACCAGUAGGAAACCGAGACAGGAAUAUAAAGACAACAAAUCAAAGAUUAACACUAAAUCAGAAGCCGCUAGUAAUGCACACAGGGCUGAAGCAAAUCUGCUUAUCAUGGGUGAUUUCAUCCACAGAGAAAUAGAUCAGGAUGAUGGAUUACCCUCUGUGCUGAACACAGAGGGAAGGUGCAAUAGCAAAGUGUACCUGGCCAGGUACGGCUACAUGUUACCCAAGACAAGUUCCUCCCGCUCCCAGGCGCUCACCUCAGCGGACACCUACAGUCAGGCGCUUAAAAUGUUCCAGAUGGCGGCAGAUCUGGAGCCCACGGGAACACUGACCGAGGAAACACUAAAGAUGAUGAAGGCGCCUCGCUGCGGCAUCAAGGAUAACUUUCUCCCCAACUCCAACACCAGUGACCUCACCAGACACAAGCGCUACUCCAUCGAAGGCUCCAAGUGGAAGAACAAAGAUCUGACCUACAAGAUCACCAAGUAUCCACCCAAACUGGAUAAAACUGCCGUCGACAAGGAGCUCAAGAGAGCCUUGCAGGCGUGGGCAGACGUGUCAGGGCUGACCUUCCAGCAAAAACACUCAGGCAAGGUAAACAUCGAUGUUCGCUUCGUGAAACGCGAACAUGGUGACGGUGACCCAUUAGACGGUCCUGGGGGCGUCUUAGCUCAUGCUUUCUUCCCACUGUAUGGAGGAGACGCUCACUUCGACUCCGAAGAGAAGUGGACCAUUGAAUCAUACAAAGGCACCAACAUACUGCAGGUGGCAGCACAUGAGUUCGGUCAUGCACUGGGUCUCGCCCACUCUUCAGUCAGUUCCUCACUCAUGGCUCCCUUCUACAAGGGAUACGAUCCUAAUUUCUCUCUCACCCCAGACGACAUACAAGGUAUACAGGCGCUCUACGGCAAACCUGCAGGUCAAAAUGUCGCUGGAUCCGGCGACUCCGGGAGCGGAACUGAUCCAGAUGGAGACAAUGAGGAAGCCGGUGGUCUCUGUGGCAGAGUAAACAUUGACACCAUUUUCUCUUCAGCAGACGGUGACGUGUACGUCUUUAAGGGAGACGAGUACUGGCUCCUCACUGACUUCGGUGUGGCGGAUGGCUACCCAAAACUAAUUGCUGACUACUGGCAAGAUCUUCCUGGCGACAUAGAUGCUGCCUUCACUGGCAGCAACAGAAAAACUUACUUCUUUAAGGGAGACACAUACUGGCGUUACAAUAAUCAGGAUCCGAGCGAGGGAUAUCCUAAGAAAAUCAGCAGAGGUUUUCCUGGUAUCCCUGACAACUUGGACUCCGCCACAAGCGCCUUCGAGAAUAAUGUCAUCUACUUCUUCAAGGGGUCUCAGUACUGGCGCUACAAUACACAGUCGUCACAACCUUAUCGAGACAGAAGGAAUCGGAGAGGAAGAUUCCCAGACACGAACAAGAAAGCAGUGGAGAGGAACCUCUCCUCUUGGAGAGGUCUUCCAGCAAACCUAGAUGCUGCCAUUCUCUAUCAUCAAAAUGCCUACUACUUCUUCAAGGAUGGAGACUAUUGGAAGGCAAGCAAAGCUGAGUCUAGUGUGGAUGUGGACACACCGCCCUUCCCACGACCAGCUGCCUUCUGGUGGUUUGGUUGUAAGAACACCCAGGUGAGAGGCACACUCAGACACACACACGGAAGGAAGGAGGGAGAGAAGACGGGAGAAGGAGGCUAA